AUGUCUGAAGCUGUACCCGACAACGACGCUCUGAUCGCCCAGCUUGCUAGCCUGACUGGCCUUGAUCCUGCAACAGCAGAACGCUACUUGAACGCUUCCAACGGAGAUCUCACUCUCGCUGCAUCUCUCUUCUUCGACGAGGCCGCCGAGCAACAAGAGGGAACUUCGGAACCAGACGUCGACAUGGCCGGUGACGAGUCAAACACAGACCCUACCCAGAACCCUCCGCCUACCGGAGCUGGUGGUGGACGUACCCUUGGAGGCGCAUAUGUGCCCUCGCCGACGCCGGCAGCAUCGUCUUCAUCAUCGCAGCCAGCUGCAGCUCGCGGACAGCCAACGCAGAGGGGUGUGGCAGGUGCGCGCACGCUGAGGGACCUUCAGUCGUCGGGUGGCGGACAUGGGCACGCCCACGACGAUGAUGAUGACGAGGACCACCCCGACGACGAGAACCAGGAUUUCUUCGCUGGCGGUGAGAAAUCAGGUCUUGCUGUUCAGAACCCGAACCAGUCCAAUCCGCGCGACCAGAUCAACAACAUCUUGAAACGGGCACGACAGAACGCUCCCCGACCAGGCGGUGACGAAGAGCAGCCAGCAAGCUCCUCUUAUUUUCGUGGUGCAGGUACUACCCUUGGAGGCGACGAUGCUCCUUCCCGGACCAUUCCAGACCCCACCGCCAACAUCCCCGCACCGCCCCCGCGCGCCCAUCGUGAACUUCACCUUUGGCGUGACGGCUUCUCAGUAGAUGACGGCGACCUGUUCCGCUACGAUGAUCCGGCAAACGCACGCACAUUGGAGAUGAUCAACACGGGUCACGCUCCACUACAUAUCCUAAAUGUAGAACAUGGCCAGGAGGUGGAUGUCGAGGUGCAUGCGCACAAGGACGAGGACUACAAAAAGCCAAAGAAAAAGUACGUUCCCUUCUCGGGUAGCGGAAACCGUCUGGGUAGCCCCACCCCUGGUGUAAGCUCAGCGGCUGCUCCCAUGCCGGCUGCUGCUGCUUCAAGCAGUACGGGAGCCUCGACUCCGGGAGCCUCUGGGCAACCUACAGUCGACAUCGAUUCAUCAGCCCCCACCCUCACACUGCAAGUUCGCCUCGGUGACGGUACACGGUUGUCGUCGCGGUUCAACACUACACACACUAUUGGCGACGUCUACGACUUUGUCAACAGAGCUAGCCCCGCCAGUCAGGAUCGUGAUUGGGCGCUCAUGACCACGUUCCCCAGCAAAGAGCUGACGGACAAGGCCCAAGUGCUGGGUGACAUUUCAGAGUUCAAACGUGGUGGUGUAGUGGUGCAGAAGUGGAAGUGA